CUGUUAUUAUCGGGUAUGGUGUUACAGUCGUGGUCGUGGUGUGGACGUGUGCGGUUCUCCCCGCGAAGAUUCCGCGAACCGCAACGUCAACCGAGUCACGUUAUUACGAACACCAGUUCGCCGUCUGAUUUUGUUUUUAUACAGCGAAUCGUUGGCCGUUGUGUGCGCGGUGUCCGUUGACAGUGCGUGUGUGUGUCGCGAACGCUACAGUUCACAUUGAAAAUGGGUCACGUUUGAAAAUUUUAGAAGAAAAUCGUUUCUUUUUAUCCGAAACCGAUUACAUAACGUUCAGUCGAUCGACUACGAGGCGCCCGAGGACUAUUUUAUCAUAGCUGUCCCCUAGUUCGCAGUGAAAUCGUCUCGAUGAAGCAACCGAAAAAAGCGUAGGCAGUAACCGAAUCUCUUCAAAAUCGUGACAACAAGUCCAUCUAUGCGUCGUAACUGAAAUUCGUCGUAUCGUUCACGAUAUGCUAAAUCAUUUGCCUUCCUUUUUCUAAAAAAGUUUCGAAUGAUCACUAUGCGUGACCAUUGACGUCAAUGGCAGCAAUUAAACAAUAACGUCAAAGGAUUCCAUCCGGACAGAGACCCUGGUCCUCUAAGUACAUCCUGGUUUCCAGUGUUCGUCGCCGUUUCACGAGCGGGCAUUUAAACAGUUGGCGGCUGAUUACGCUAAUAAAUCGUAGAACCGGCGACUCGCUCGGACACCGUACUGUUACACGUGACAACUCAAGGAUUAACAGACCUGCUCCCUUUCCCGGAUCAACGAGUUCGGUUGACCGUAGCCAAAGUGUCUUGUCCGUCUCGACCAGUUGCUACUUUCGUUACGAUUUUGAUCGUUCGUCGUGUUCCUCUUAAGUUUGCGAUCAAGGCGAGGAAGGUGAUAAACGAGUCACGGGCGAAGGCGAAGGCGACGUACAUGCUCACCUACUUACGUACGUCAAUGUCCGUUACGUAGAUCGGUUUUUACCAAUGCGCGUCGGUUUUUGACGUAACGUGGCAGGUAGGAUCGACCGUACGUACGAUGCACGUAAACUUGUCACGAGGCAGCGGUGUCAAUGAUUUUUAUCGUGGGAACGGCGUAGGCGUGAUCCAGCAGAAUUUACGAUUCGACUCGGACCAUUGCGUGAGAAUUCCUACUAUCGUCGAUCUCGCUGGGGGAACGUGUAUCAAGAAAUACGAAGACUGAAAUACAUUUCGCAUGCUGUUCCUCGGGGACGAAAAAAAGCGCCGAUAAGCCACGGAGACGAACGUUCUUGCUUGUGCCUGGUUCCAGGAAGAACCUUCGGUUUGAAGAAAGCAUCGCGAGAGGGAUCAACGAGAAGAAUGGUGGAAGCGUAGGAGCCGAGGGGGAAAAGGGAGAGAAGAGCGGCGAUAACGCGAUAAUUGGAGGCAAACUCGCGACUGGUCUAGUCAUUGAUCGGCGUCGCGACGCCGACCACCGCGACGCCCUCUCUUCCUCAACCCCAGCGUCCCCACCUGGCCCGGUUCGCGACCGUGUCAGACGUUCGAGUGUCGCUCGGGUAACACGCCUCCCUCUGUCUCUCGUGCUCUCCUCUCUCCGUUGACCGUUUUUCUCUCGUCCGCCGUUCGUUUCCGUUCGAACGCCGCGGCCCCGUUCAUCGACUCUGGGACAGAGGACACGGCGGCAUCGCGGCUCCGGACACCGCGGAAACGGAACGAGCAGAGCCAUUUCGGUGCCGCGCAUCAACCGCGAGAGGGAAAAAGUGCCGCAGACCCGAGUGGACCAGUUUCCGGCCGAGGCUUGGUUGGUGCGCGCUGGAAACGGAAUCCGGCGCGACGCGGCUGUGGCCGAGGUCGGUUGGCUCGAUUCCGCGUCAAAAUGUGUCGUGACCCGUUGCAGCGUGUCAAGAAAAAAUCGCGCACGGCGGCUUGACGUGUUCCGCUCUCGGCAUCGGUAUGCGACAGCGGGAAGGUUCGUUAGACGUUGUCGUUGCUGGCUGCCGUUGCUGGCUCGCGUGAACGAGGAAGACAUGGUGAACGAUCGUUUCUAGGCGGAGAGAGCUGCCACACGGGAGAGCUCCGACCGAGCCUUAAUCGAGAGACGAGAGGACACCUUUGCCCAGUGAUACGAAUUUGGGACGGUUACCAUCUUGGUAACGGGCCACCCGUUUUCCGAAAUUUUCUUCGCGAAUAUCGAGUAGGCGAAGUACGAGCCAGCGGAAACUAGGUCAGUAGGAUAGGAGGAACUUGAAUCGAGGGAAAGCGAAACACGGGAAACGGAAGGAAGAGCAGCGCGGACAACGCUCGAUCCGCGGGCUUUGCGUGCGCACAGUCACGGGUCGACCACUCGAGAGGAUGUUCUGUUUUCAAAGUCCGUUCACGCGGGCUUCCCGCGUGCUCGCGUCACCCCUGUCUUCCGGCAAGCCGAACGCUUCGCCCAUCGGCGGGAUUCUACCGACGAAAUCCUCCUCGGCGGCGAAAUCCAGAGAUAGAAGGCUAUCCGAAGCGACCAGCGAGGGCUCCAACUCCUCUAUCGGGUACAUUGAUCAAGAGCCCUCGAUCUCCGACUGCAGCAGCACCGACACGUUGCCCGACGUGAAAGCGGAUUACCUGGACCCGGUGUCUUUGUCCCCGGGCUCAGAUUUCUCGGUGUCGACGACGGCGCCCCGACCGGACGACAACAGCGAUCGCAAGAAGCUGUUGCAGGACGACGAUCGGGACCCAUCACCGGCGGAUUCUUUCUCGCCGAAGAAAAGAUCACCGAAGGGCAACAACCGAUGCAGGAAGUUCCUUUUGCGUCUGAGAUCCAACGAGUCCUCGAACUCCAGCAACAAGGAAACUCGGUUUCCCUCUAUAUCCACGUCUCCGUCACCCUCACCAUCGCCUUCUCCGUCUCUAGCGAAUGAAUCAAUUGGAAUCGAAUCACCCUGCUCGAGGGAACACGGCGAGGAUUACGACACGAUCACCGGCGACACCGCAACCUUGUUCACCAAGUCAUCGCCCUCAGUGCUGAUCGACUGCGUGGACUCCACGGAGCCCGACGAGAGCCCUAGAAACCGAAGACCAACCGCUGCUGCGUCUGAAAACGAUAUAUCCUCUUUGCAGAAUGCGUUCCCAGAAUCGGAGACUGAAAACGGUUAUCAUCAAGGGACGGAAACAGAGACGGAGGAAGGUUCUUCGUUGCCUUUGAGCCCUGCUGGCCCUUUGACCGCAGGAUUGUCUUCAUCUCUGGUACCUUAUUAUAACUUUCUUUGCGUAAACGGAGGAGCGAUGAGGCAAGAGAUGACCAGCACUAGUUCACCCCAGCUGUGCUCAGCUGGCAAUAACGAGUCGAACGACGACGCGGCUUCCGGUAAAUCAUGUGGCUCAUUCAACGGCGAAAAAUUCUCUCGGCUAGACAGCUUGGCACCCGAAAGCUUGGACAGCCCGUUCUGUUUGCCAGCGGCUAGAUCUUGUCCGAAUUUGGAAGGGCGCAGUGCUGGGUGCUCACCUAGCAGCGGCUCCUCGAGUUCCAGUCCUAGCUCCGGGCCAGUUGGACCUAGAUUCAAACCGAUCGAGGAGGGAGACAUUCAGCUUUGUUUCUUGAAUCAUUCGAAGACGCUAGUUAAGAAAAUUUUGUCGAGCAAGUUUUUAAGAAGAUGGGAGACGCAUCAUCUUUAUCUGAAUGACACCUGUAUUUCCUCUAAAACGCCCACGGGAUUUCUUCAGCAUCCGAUACCGUACAGCAACAUGUCUGAUAUACGAAGAUAUGCUGUCGCUAGAUGGGAUCCCACUUACAAAAACUGCCUGAGCAUAGUGUUGCCGGACAGCUCUCUUCUUCUCCAAGCGAACAACGCUUACACAAGGGACCAAUGGUAUCAUUCGAUAUUAUGGAAGUGGAGUAUCUUCAAGUAUCAGCAGCUGGUGUCAAUAAACGCUAAAGAGGAAGUGAUGGCGAAACAAUUAAAAUCAAUGGUGGACUUCGCCCUAUGGACAACGCUUCAAGACGAAAGGGUAACUGUCGUGCCGUUAGAAGCUGCGGCUAAGCUACUAGAGGAUUCGCUCACCGAAGAAACUGAUCGGAGCGAAGAGAUGCCCGACGAGAAGACAUCUGAUUCCGAAACUGAUCAAAAGCACCGUGCAGAGAUCGUUCUAUAUGUCGUAUCUCCUCUCCUCGAGAAAGUCGCGCUUCCGGCUAAUCUCGCCAAGGUUCUCAUCAAACUGAUGCAACAGCAUCCGAGAUCCUCUUUGGUUUCUCUGAUCAGUCCAGCUAUCACGAGAUGUCUGAAGCACACCGUGGACUUCGGCAAGUCUCCGGAUAUGAGGAAACUCCUUCAAGCAUUCGUGGCUGCCUUGUACGAGGCGGAGAACGGCGAAAAAACGAUUAGGAACUACAUAGCUUCUAUUCAUGGGCCAGGAAGCGGUUGUCCACAUCCUAGAGUAUUACCUAACUUGGUGUCGGUCUGCGUUGCUGCAAUAUUUCAUAGAUUCGACGUAGCCCGUCAUUCGACGCUGGGAAAUGAUGAAUCUUCAACUCCGCAUUCUUUGCCCCCACUGGAUUGCUAUCUGUUCGUUUUGAAUGUCGCAUCAGAGUACGCUGACUGGCGACCAGGUUUCGGUGCUCUGCUGCAACCGGUACCCUUCCCGGAAGAAGCUUUGGCUACGAAGGAAGUUCAACAGUCGGUGUUGUUGUGUGUAGUGAGACGUUUGGCAAAAGAUUCAAGAUGCGUUGUUCAUCGCUUCCUACUGCCGAUUAGGGAACCACGGCCUGGUUGGAUCCACGUUGCCGUGCCAUCCAGUCCGGCUUGUCCUGAUCAAGGAGAGCUGUUCGGUGAAAUGUUGACAACUUUGCUGGCCUGCUGUUGUCGUCGGAAGAGGUUUAUAGGCUCGCUGGUGAAACAGGCGCGAGACGAUUGCAUACUUUUGGCCGUGAGAGGAUGCGAGGCCGCACAAGAGGCUCUUUGCUUGAUGUUGGAAUGGCACCUGCUGCCAAACGAGGAGGCCCGACUGCAAAUAGUGAACGCACUCGAGUCGACGACGUCUGGCAAAGAUCGUUACGCUGCACUUUGCCAGAGGCAAAGAAAUCUGCAAGAGCUGCAACAAAAGGGCGGUCCGAGGAAGCUAACGUUGCCAGUUCGAGCGACGGAUGCUGACGUUGCUAUUCUUCUGGGCGGAGGAGCUCUCGGCAACCUGGAAUGCCUCAGUUUGGCCUUCACUUCGGUGACGUCUGCUUGCGCCGAACAGCUGAUCAAGUUGCCGGCUCUUAGAUACCUCAAUCUGUGGGCGACGCAAUUCGGCGACGCGGGAUUGCAAAUGAUCAGCGAACACCUACAGAAGUUGCAGGUUCUAAAUCUCUGCGAGACGCCCGUUUCGGACAAAGGAAUCUCCACUUUGGCCUCGAUGACAAGCUUAAGAAAGCUGAACCUGAACAGCACCAAGCUGUCCAUACAGACAUUCGAGUCCCUGAAGAAAUGUCUCCCAUCUCUACAAGAAUUCGACGUCAGAUACACGGAAGCCUGGUGACCCGAGCUUUCCACCCAGGGCAAGCCGGACAACCAGGCCGUCAACGAUGCUACCCCCGGUUGCGUCCAAGAGAAGAAACAGUCUCGGACCGAGUAGACUCGAGAAAAGUAUUUAACGAGAUUGAAUCGCGAUCCUUCGCGUACGCACCACUCAAUUGACCAUCACAGUUUACGAUGACGGUCACUUACACCCGACUCUCGUGAUCAGAAACGCCUCCGACAGAAACAAUUCUCGUACGUUUCGCGUCAGCGUUCGAAGUCGACGUUGAAAACUACUUGUCGGAGAAGAGAAGCGUGACUAGGAGCACGAUAAAAGCCUGAACGCGAUGGCGGUUCAACGAAGAAAGCGACGCGGCGCUUCGUAGAAGCCUUGCAUACUGCCUAAGAGAUGUUAUUGUUAAAAGAAGUGAGCCGCAAAUGCGUUUGAGGACGCGUUGAAUUUAGAGUAGCCGAGAAAUAACGUGAACCCGUGACGUUUCUAUCGAUAGUAAACGUGUAUCUAGGCGAGCACGAGCGAAAAGACACUGAGGAAUGAUUUUGGACGGGGCGGGGACUCGAUCGGUCUUUAACCCUUUCACUGCGUUAACAGAGUACAAGUUUUUAUUUUAAAUGUGUCGUAGAUCCAUAUAGAAAAUUGAAGGUUUAUACUUUUAGUAUUUUAUGUAUUUUAUGUGAAUGCAUAUAGGCUGUAUGUCAUAUAAAUGACAUUAUUUUUUUCUAAACUUUGUUUAACUGAUUAACUUUUAAAUUUAAACUUAGUAAAAAAUAUCGAUUCGCAUACAUCACAGCAACAGGGUUAAGGAACUCAGUUGCUGAAGGGAUGAUUUUCGUCGAAUGCGAGUCCCCGAGUGCCUUGACUUCAUUUUCCUUCGGCUCAUCUCGUUUCCUUCUUCUUUCCCAUCUACUCUUGUCUUUUUCGUGCUCGCAAACUCGCCCAUUCCUUUAACACUUUGACUACUGUGCUACCCACGCGUACUUGGCGUAGAAAUUAAAAGACGCGGUGAAUGCUGAAUGAUUUUUGAAAUUCAUUGCUUAAGAUACCGAAAUUUUCAUUAAGGUACUUUAUUAGAAUAUAAGGUAUUUCAUUAGAAUAUUCGCUGCAUACAUUUUUUAAUAAAUCCAUUCUGUGAAUUUUCUAUUUUCAGUCGAUAAUUUAUAUUUAAAUAGAUUCGUUCAAAUUAAUUUCACGUGGAUUUCGUGGAUUCACGAGACGUUUUGUUUAUUUAUACAAAAACAGGAAGUUUAUAUUUAAAGUUCUUUACAUAAGAUUUAGUAAUUGGAAUAUGUUAUAAUAAAACGUUCCUUAGCAACCGUUUCGUUCAAGAAGUUGCAGUGAUUUGUUUUAAUUAGAUCAUUUAAUAAUGGCACCACAUUCAACGUGUUAGUAUCUGAGGUAAAAUGUUAAAUAAAAUUAAUUUAGUUAGGAUUAACGAGCCUACAAGAAUUUAUAUAUUUUUUCGUUUGAUUUGAGAUAAGCUUUCCACCUUUUGGAAAUUCUCUAAGGGUUGAUCUACUAGUCAAAGUGUUAAUUCAUUAGUCGUGUAUCUUCAAGACCCAUAUUCGAAGUUUGAAUCGACAUAUGGACUGCACAGGAUCUUACAUUUCUUAGUCGUUUUCUUAUAUUUUUAAUUAUGCCGGAUAGUUUGGUCAUUUAAUAUACUUCUGUCCACUUGAAUAGUCUUGUCUUACAUAUUUAUUAUAAUUUUGUAGUUUUAUACUUAUAAUAUUAUAUUUUGCUUUAAAUAUAUAUAUACAUACAAAGAAAAUGAUAUAAAAAUUCGGUAAUGGCUCGUGCUAUACAAACAAUUACAUUUUAAAAGCGACAAUAUAUUAGUAAGUUCAUAUUUAUAAUUUAUUAAUACUUGUACUUACCGCAUAUAAAUUAAUAUUCAACCUUCAUGUCAUCAUACCGAUGAAGUUAAGAUUUGGAGAACAUUCAACGAUUUCACAGAUCAUACAGUUUUCUCGUUUAUAAGUAUUUCAUUACACCAUAAGAAUACUUCAACUUCUCCUAAUUAAUAUUAUACGAUAAAAUCUUUAUUAAAAAUGAAGAAAGUUCUUUUAAAUAGUCGAAUAUGAUAAUUUAAUUAAAUUAACAUUAUAUAAAAAUACGUAUGUUCAGAUUUCUUCCAUUAAAGAAUUUAUAUUUCCGAGACAAAAAACGAUUUGCUCCUCUACGAAUUACGAUAAUAAUACCCACAACCAUCCGAUUUAUUCGUUUGAAUAAUAUUUACGUUUGUCACAACUGAAUUUCUUCAGAUUGCUUACACAAAAUUACCAUACUCUGACUGCAGACUAUUCAAGUGAACAGUACGAACACUAUAAAUAGGAGUCCCGAUCUCGAUGUAAUUUCUUUUGCAAAAAUUCGUUUCGCAAAGAAGAAACGUUAGUCUUCGCGAUACGAAACGGAAUAGGUCGUCGACGUUCCGUCGAUUGUGAUCAUCGCAGUUAAGUGAACGUAGUUUUAUAAAGGGAACAGAAAACAUGUACUAGCCAACUCAGAGAUCCGAUUGAACCGUUCGUAUAUAUCAAAAGAACACUGGUUAAAAUUAAAAACAUGUUGCGCGCUCAAAUCGAUUCGAGUCGCCGAGUAGAAAAUACCCGACGAGACACGUUGGGCGCAAUCUUUCCUCGAUAUAUUAUACAUACCUUCCUCGAAUGGCAGAAAAUUGUUUUUUCGGCGUUGAGAAUUCUGUAAUAUAAUAAUCCCCGUGUUUCUCGUUUCGUACGAAACGUUGGUUCCUUGUACGAUAACGCGAGAGGUUUAGUAAAAUGUAAUCGGUACAACUUGCAUUCCUAAGAAGACACAUGCAAAGGCGUGUAAAUUAUCAGACUCGAGCUGUAUAAACAAUUUAAGAAACGUUCCUUUAUAAAUAACAGCUUCCGUGUGUGUAUAAUAUUUGUAAUUCACACUUCCCUGUUUUCGAAACAUUCGCGAUUGACGUCACCCGUGACGUCUUCGGUCUUUCAUUUUACCAAAGGGAAGUUCACUGAAUUUCCUGCAUGUUGUUCUUUAAAGUUACGAAACACGAUACUAUCGCAUCUAAUGGAAUUAUAGCUGUGAAGAUUGUUAAUGAAACGAGUAGUGGGCGUGUUAAUAAGAGAUUAUUGUAAUACGGUAUGUUUUUGGUUGAAUAUAAAAGACAUAGUGAAAUAUGGUAUGCAAAAAGUAAGUAUUUGGGAGAUUACAAUAGAAUGCGAAUUUUCGUUAGUUUUGGAACGUCAGAACAAUAACGUAAAGAGGAACCAAUAUAACAGUACUGAGAUAGUUAAUACAAUGACUAAUGGUUGAAAAACAGCUUGUCUUUUAGGAAUGUGAAAAAGGAGGGUGGCUACGUUGAGUCUUUUAAUUGACACACCUUUGUAAUAUGAAAUUGUACCAGCGGAUAAGUGGAAACGAAACGAGAAAAGUUCUUCGUUGAGGAUCUUUACUAUUUCUUCUUUAAAUAACGCUCAACUGCCUAAGAGUUCGAGCUCUGACCACUGCCAAAACGCGUGCAACCUGGAAAACGGCUGCGCUCGUUCGUAUCGAGUCUUCUCUCUUUGAAGUUCGUUUUACGUGAAUCCUAUCGAACGAAUUUUACUGUGGAUUCAGAGUAGUUUAACGCGGUUAAUCUCUUCAUCUUUCGAAUAUCGUGUGCUGGCCAUUCGUACGCCUUAACUUUCGAUUAAAGGUUCUCGGUGUUUAUGAAAUUUUUGCGAAAGUUCCCACCCUUUAUAAUUCCAUAAUAUCAAAAGAUACUUAAUAAACAGUUCUUCUUGAAUUUAACCUUACCGUUUCUUUUAUUAAUUCUAUAAUUACAAAUACUUAAUUUGUGAAUCUCAUUAAUCAGUUGUCAGCUGUAACGGUCACUUGAAACAUUCGUUACAUUCAGCUAAACUUAUGUUCAUCAACAAAUCCAGCAAACAAAAUUAUUACAUUUUCUAUUAUAAUAAAUGAAAAAAUUAUUAAAUUAUUAAAUAAUAAUAAUAAAUUAAUAAAUUAUGAAAAAGUUACUAAAAAUUGCCAUUACAAUAAAUUUUGUUAUACAAAAGAUCAAUUUACUUGGUUAGGUCACGUUAGGUAAACGUUUAGAAACAUUCAGAAAUCCGUUAUCGACGAUUUUCUAAAAACCAAUACCAAUUUUUUCAUUUUACGAUAUAUACCGCAAUCGAACAGUUAUCUAAACGAUGGAAAAAUAAAUAGUUGAAGGACAAUAUAAGUAUCCUAAUAAUUAUUCGUUAUGAACAGGAUAAAAAGCUUUAUAUAUUUUUGUUUAAAGGGAAGAUGGGAACUUUUGGAUAAAUUUAAUAUCCUUCGUAAUACAGGCUCGAACAAAAUGGCGAGAUGUAUAGUCGAUAGGUUUACCGUCUAGGCGGUUCAUUUCCUUUCUGACAAUGUACAUACAUGAAAUAUGCGUAUACGUAUAAUAUUACUGUUGAACUUAGAAUGGUUUCUUUGUAAUUACGAAUUCAAAAGGAUCGCCUGGUCGCCCCCGGUCCGUCGGCCCUUCUUCUACAGCCGAUGCGUUUAAAAACGAUAUUGACCGCCACUGUUCCAAUACCUAUGAAACUCGCAUGGAAAUCGAUUUCUUAUAACCUUUAAUCUAAACGUAGCCAUUGUAGAUCCCGGUCAGUAUCCAUAGAGCGGAAAUUCAAAAGUUUGCAAGCGUGUUGCACGUCAUGUCGUCUCCGAAAUGGUUUAUCCUGCACAACGUACUUACUACAUAUUUACCCAGCGUGCACCAUGUCUACGAUUUUAUGGAUUCUACCUGAAUUUUUUACGAUCGUUUUCUAACUUUCUUAAUUAGUAGCUCAUAGUUAGAUAGUGUACUAUUCUGAACGUUACAGUACUUUGCUUAAUAGUUCCGAUUUUUUUUAAGAAGAGAAGUAGAACACUGAUAUUUUUUUAUCGUCCGUAUCGUCUUUUGCGAGAGUUUUCAAUUUACAAGGGAAUAAUACCGAAGUUCAUCAAUUUCGAUGAAACUUUGAUAAGAAAUAUUUCUUACUAAAAAAUAAAAGCUUCCAUUAUGCGUAGAUUAUUAUAAUUGUAAUUAUUUCAUUGUGUACACACUUUAGAAGUGGUUUUUCGAAUUUUUUUCUAGCUCUAAUAGUGUCUAAUUAAUUUGGUAAAAUGUGUUUCUCCCCAAUUUUGAAGACUGUUUUAAUAUCUUUAAUAUAAGCGAUGCCCAAUUAAAAAAUACUUAUUAGAUUUUUCAUGAAAAUUUUAGUAAAAUCGAUGGAUGCAAUAUUCGGUGUAUUUCCUUGUUAGACUAUUUGCAAGUUUCUGUAUUUAGAGCAUAUCAAUAGAUAAAUGAUCCUUCCUGCAAUGUCGAUCGAUAUCCGUCACAUUUGUAGGAAGGAUUUUUAUUUGAAAUAUGGGACCCAAACCUAUAGAUCUAUGACUUAUCAUUUUGAUAUUCAGUGUAUCGCUAUUGCUCUUUUCGUCUUAAUGUACCAUUUACUAUACCUUUAAAACAUUUGUCUACAACAUUUUUGAUGUAUAAGAAUAUUGAACAGUUCCACUUGAUUCUUUUUCUGUCAUUAAUGGUUUUUAUACUAUUUUUCAUUUCUAAAUUGAUUUCUCUAUAUUCUAGUUAUGAAAUGACCUAAUCAGUAAUUCAGAAUUUGUUCUACAGGAAUGAAAAAUUAGUCAAUAAAGGAAGUAUGGUGGUUAACUAUCGAUGGCAUUGAACAUGCAUAGAGUAAAGAGCAUUGCUCUGAAAUAUCAGCGUCAGUCAAUGAAAAUGCAGAGAGGUGUGCGAAUUGUUACACUUAUUGUUAGGACAGCGUUCUGUUGUCACGUAAAGAAUUUGUAAUUUCGAUGUUUCGAGAGGUUGUAAAUUAGAAACAUUUUUUAGGAUAGCUUAAAGGAAGUGUUUCGUUUCUUUAUUUCUCGUAAAAGAUAACUGUGUUUUUGAAAAAUUAUUAAAAAUUAUUACUGAUUUUAUACGUUUGUAGUAAAUAUGAUUGUUUAAAGCUCAAUACAGCGAAAAGUUUAGUAAAGUCUAACCGGAUUUUUCUUUGGUUCGUAACAUGGCAAAUAUUUUUGAUUUUGGAAGAAUGAAAAUACAUGGAAGGGAUUUUUCUUUUCGAGAAUAUGAAUAUAAUGUAUACCGAAGUUUACAGUCAGAUAUCGAUGUUUCAAAUUUUUAUUCGUAAUUUCUCGAAAUUUGAAACACUUGUCUUAUAAAUUUCUAUCUUAUAUGCACAAAUAUAAGGAAAAAUUACAUUUUUACAAAAUUCACGUAAAAUGAAUUUUAUUUCCUCUGUCAAUGGAUUUAUAAAAUUACAAACGAAAUAAAACUGUUUUAAACACUGUACUUAAUAUUUCGCAGAGUAGAAAAUGUCUCUUUAAUUACAGUUCUCAGUGAAUUAGUCUAAAGAAACCCAUAUUUGUAGAAACGUCAGCAGUCUAGUUAUCAUCGACUAUUAUCGCGGUCGUUUAAAUAUUUGUUCGUGAGUCUCUUUAAUUCGUAGUAUAUGUGUAUGUCGUAUUCAUUAAUUAGUUAGAAUUUUAUCACUUCUGUUGCAUUUCUUCAUUUUUUGCACCACGACAACGUAUACUGCCAACCAAAAGUUCAAAAUAACUAUUUAUACAUUCAUUAAAGUUACAUCACACGACAAAUAUAACCUAAAUCGUAAACACAUCUUUAACUCUUAUCUUAUCGAUGUACUUAUUUAUAUCCGCGUUCGUUGAAUUUACGAUGUGUUCUUCGAUACACUGUAAUUUACAUAUUAAGUUGGUCGCUCAGAAAUAUAAACAGAAGAUAAUAAAAAUGAAAAUGAAAAGAAUUAAAAACAUUGUGAUAUGCAUUCUGCAUUAAACCAACGGAAUACAAGUUUUUUUUAAGUGAACAACAAAAUUACAACUAUCUUUAAGUUUGUAAAUUUUUAUAUUUGAAUAUUAUUUAGAAAUGUAGGCUGCAAAGGCAAUUCGAAAAUAAAACAGAAAUUUUUCCCACAAAACUUUUGGUUGGCACUGUACGUUUUUGUAAUGCAAAUGUUUUCGCGAUGCGCUCAGAAUUCUUGUUUUGUUUAAACGCAAAGACAAGUCGCCUGUUUCACGAUAUUAGGAUACCGGUGUUUUAGAAGAAUCGCGUGUAAACGUUGUUCCACGUUCUUGAACGGAAAACUGUACUUUUAAGACACGUUGAACGGUCCCGCUUCCGAUUUAGCAGAACAAUGAGGUAUUUUAAUUUCGCUGUCUUGUAGGUUUAAUCGUUUCCUUACGAUAAAUUGUUAAAUGUCCAUAAUCUGGAUUAAAAUGGAAAUUCAAAAGAAGUCGUAAUCGACGCGACGCAUGGAUUGUUGAUGUUUGUCGUCGCUCGGUUCUACGGCCACCUCGUUCUUCAAAUCGGCAGGCAACUCGUUCCAUACUGAUCGCGGUACGGUUUCUGAAAAUAAGGAGCACAAUUAAAAUCUCAAAAAUGUCAAAACUGAACAAUAAAAUUGAUUCAUACUUAUAGCUGUCAAUUUUAAAAAGAAUUCACUUGCAAUAUCUCUUUUCUUUUUCUGCAUUGGCGCCACCAAAUAAGUGGAUACGUCGAGUAAUGAUCAGGCGAAACAGUAGUCUCUACUUAGUAUUCAAAUUCGAUUAUCUUGAAAAUGAAGUAUCGUAUGAAACAAUUUUAUUCUAUAUUUUCGAUUUAGUUUUGUUCCAUCAACCUGUUGACCGGAUGAUUUUUCCAUGAACAUUCACAGUUUCGUUAAAUUAGGACACGUUUAAGUUAACUGUUUGAAAGAUUGAUUACAAUACGCAUCGUAAUAAAUGUAGGUGAAAUAUAAUUAAUACUGGUACAGACAGCAUUGAAUAGUAUUUUGAUAAGUAAAUAAAAAAACAAGAAUUGAGGUUAAUGCUCAAGUAAUAAUACGUUGUCUUCGGUUAACAGGUUAAAGCACCCUUUACACAGAAUUCGCUGCACCUUUCUAAACGAACCUCAAAAAGUUCAAACAUUAAGAAGCUUCGAAAUUUGAAACUUGAACAAAUAGAAACUCUGUCAGGAAUGCACGCAACAAUAUUGUAUAAAAAUACAGAUGGAAACAGUGUUCAUGGUAUUAGUAAAGGGUCCGCAAAAAAUUUUGUUAAUCAAGAAACCUUCGAAGUUUCUUCGUUAAGCGAAAGUGAAUAUCAAUUUUGCUAUUUACCCUGUACACUUUGGAAACGUGUUCCCUGUCCACCUAUACGAUUCCGUUGACGAUUAUAAAUGGACUGCGGGUCUUUUUGCAAAUUAUUCGGUUGAUGCAAAAGUUUUGACGUUUUUUUUAUAAGAAAUAAAAAGAAGGGCUCUCAACUGUUCGCUGGCUAAAUCAAAACUAAGUAGAAACACAGAAAGGAGUGUCCUGUAUACACGUUAUAAUAGUUUGACGACAGAUGUUAUUUGUUUUAAAGAAAUCAAUUUUUUUGUCAGCCACGUACAAAAAACGUCAAAAUUUUUGCAUCAGCCCAAUAAACUUUUCAAGAAUAUAUUUAGAAAAAUAGAACUGCAAUAGAAAACCAGUUUUUCUAGCAAUCGUUGCAAACAGCAUUGCUACAGUUUGGAUAUUUUUAUAUAUUCUCACGUGUCACGUGCAUUCCGUGCAACCUUAAAUUGUCAAAUUUCCCAUAAACGCAGAAACACCCGCAGUCCAACGGCAAGUUACAGGACACAUUGUUGACAGCUACUUUCUUCCACCUCUUUCUAUCCGUUUCAUUGUACAUACAUCGACACGCGUGAUGUUUGCAAGGAACAUAAUCGCUACGGUCUAAGCCAGUGGUUUCCAAACUUUAUGUUGCUACACUUUAAAAACAAUAUAAUUAUGGUCCCCCUUCCCCUCUUCAUUUCACAAAAUAACACAGACUUAUUUUUAAAUGGUAAAGAACGUAUUAAUACAAACAAUGAGAAAGCCAUUAACAGAAUAAUAACUUUCCGCGCCUCCUUUUGCACCAGUCCGCGUCUUUCAGUUUGGAAAUCGCUGGUCUAAGCAAUACGAUUACAGAAAAAUAGGAUACAACGUUCUGAAUCAGUCGAUCCAAAGAAAAAUAACAAACGUGCAAGAGAGAGAGAGAGAGAGAGAGGGAGAGUGAGAGGGAGAGUGAGAGGCAGAGUGAGAGGCAGAGUGAGAGGCAGAGUGAGAGGGAGAGUGAGAGGGAGAGUGAGAGGGAGAGGGAGAGGGAGAGAGCAAGAAAUAGAAGCAUGUUGUAAGAAAACCCGCCGAUAGUCGUAGAAUUAAUUCGUUCGAUCGAAAACCGACCUCUUCCACUCGUACCGGAACUACCGAUAAUGUCAAUUAUUAUCAAUCGAAUUUACCUACCUUGGUUAGCACCUCUAUACAAUCGAAGAAAAACAAAAGCAAAAAAUGUAAACUAACACGUUCAAAUGAAGAAACACCCGAAAUCCUCAUUUCUUUCCUCACCUUUGCAAGUGU